UGAGCUGCGGCGCGGCAGUAUCACCGCGGAUGGAGUGGAGGGAGGGUGUGUUGCCUGUGUAUUUUUCAAUGCGUGGUCAUGCCUAUCACCACACCAGUUUCUCCGCGAGUGUUUAAGGCAAUCGAAAAGUCGGACAUCCACACUCUAGCAUGCUGCCGCGAGGAGGACAUCCGCGCCAUCCUGCCGUGCCUAGUGCGGAUGAGCUUGAUCGCCCCGCUGGACCACUCCGAGGAGUGCAUCGCCGGCAGGAAGGUCAUCCUCAGGAUACUCUCGGGCAUCGAGGUGGUCAACUCUCUCGUUGCCCUCCUCUCGAUUGACUUUCCUGCCCUGGAGGCGGACGUCAAGAAGGAACAGCAGCUCAGGCAGAAGCUUGGAGGUGGAAACCAAAGUGAGAGUGUGUUGGUACAGAAUCUUGCCAAUGGCUUAGCUCUGGAAUUUGAGUGUUCGGAUCCUACACGCAGGCUCCGCCUCCUCCUCUCAGAGCUGCUGCUGGUGAUGGCACAAAUUCGAGAGCCACGGCAGGACUUCUACCACAAAGCAUCAGAGUUGUUUGACAACCCUUGUUACUUGGAGGAGGUGAGUGAUGUGCUGUGCAUUGCCUUGGCUGAGCUGCCGGCCUUGCUGCCUCCAGCGGAGGUGGCUGAGGCACUGCUGCACGUCACUAAUGGGCCGGUGCUCAUCUCCCGUAUGGUGGCCAAUCAACCUGACUGUUUCAGGGAAGUUGUGACUGGUCUGGUGAUGAAUGGAGACAAACAGGAUGAGGAUGUCCCUGGGGGCAUGCUGAGGCUCCAGGCUGUACGUACACUGUGUCAAAUGAAUCCCAGCCAAGCCCUCAAUGUGCGAACCCUUUGUGUGGAACAGUGCCGCAUGCCUGGGCUUGCAAUUUACCUCACCCUGGAUGCGGGGAAGGCUAAUGCUGGAGGGAUGGGAGGCAACAGUUUGUGUGGUGGGGAAGGAGGGGAUGUGGUGAGCUAUGUAACAGGGCUCCUCCUCUCUCCAAAUCAACCACAACGCUCAUGGUUUGCACAGUUUGUCAAGAGUGGCCAGAGAAGGAAGUAUGACCAGCCUGCAUCAGCAUUGGUGGCUUUGCGCACAGACCUAAGUGAACGCCUGAGGAACUUUCUGCUCUUUAACAGCAACGACACACUACCAGAUUCCCAGGUGAUCCAUGCCACAGCACUCCUCAGACUCUACUGUGCUCUAAAGAGUUUGGCUAACCUCAAAUUCAGUGAGGACACAGAGAUCAUGUAUCUACUGCAGCUGGUGACCUGCCGACCUCCCCCCUCAGCAGCAGGAGUGAGGUUUGUCAGCACUGGUCUGUGCAUGCUUAUUGCCUGUCCCUCCCUCAUCUCAUCCCAGGACAACGAGCGCAGGGCCUCUGAGUGGAUCAAGUGGCUGGUCAAGGAAGAGGCAUACUUUGCAGGGGCUAGUGGUGUGUCAUCAUCUUUUGGGGCCAUGCUUCUCCUCAUGGCAAUACACUUCCAUGUGCAGCAGCUUAGUGCCAUUAUUGAGCUGGUUAGUGCUGCUCUUGGCAUGAAGGUCAUCACUCGGGCUUCCAGUCUUGGUCGUAUCAAGUAUAUCUUCACUCAUGAUGUGUUCACAGAGCAGGUGGUGACAGCACAUGCAGUGAAGGUGCCAGUUACAACAGGCCUUAAUGCCAACAUUCCAGGUUUCCUUCCAGUACACUGUGUUUACCAUCAACUCAAAAGUCGCAUGUUCACCAAGCACAAGGUUCCCAUCAAGGACUGGAUCUACAAUCAGAUCUGUGCUUCAUCAACACCACUACACCCAGUGAUGCCACAGCUGAUAGAAGUGUACGUCAAUUCCAUCAUCCUGAGCUCCAACAAGGGUGGCAUGUCAGACCACUUCAAUGAGCCCAUCUCAGAGGAGGAGAUCAUGGCAGUAUUCUCUCAGUCAAUAUUCACUGAAAAAAAUUCUGGAAAAAGUCAUGAAAAGCACCAGAACCCAGGGCAGAGGCGUGGGGCCCUGAGAGGUAGCCAGCUGCGGAGGUUUGCAGUGCGAGGGAAGGCUGCUCUCACACCUCCCACCACAUCCACCUCCAAGACAUCUCACCUAUCCUCCCAAACUUCAUCAUCCACCACAGGCAGCAACACACCAGUUGCCUCAAUCAUGACGUCUCAGCUAUUGCUGCUCUACUACCUACUCUUGUAUGAGGAUGUGCGCCUCACCAACAGCCACCAACUUCUUGCCAGUUCCCGGAGAGUACUUUCUUAUUCCCCACACCUGUUUGCUCAGCUUCCCAUCAGAUACCUGCUUUCACAUGCACAAAAGGAACAGAGGCUGUAUGCAGGUCUCUACUCCCCACUGGUGAAGCUACUUGUGAGCCACUACCCCCAGCUGUGUCUGGUGGAGGACUGGCUCUACCAGACACCGUCAGCAAACUCCAGACUUGGUAUCCUUCCACCUCCACUACCUCUUGAUCCUCAAACUGUGACUAGAGCUAUGGAGGAUGCUGCUCACAACCCUGGCCAGGUGCUGGUACUACUGGAUCGUUUGUUAAGAAUGCCUCCGUAUCAGCUGUGGCCCCUGGCUGGCCCUCUUGUAUCCUCUGUCAAGUGCCUCCUGAAGCCUGGCAUUCCUCGCAGAGUUUUAGACACCUAUAAGCAAGUGUGGAUGAGGCUCAACUCCCUAUUUCCUCGAAGACUUUGGGCCAUGACAGUGGAAGGAUUAUUGCCAGCAGAAAUUCAUGGGAGAGUUCGGCGGGCACUAUCUGAGGAUGACAUUAUCUUGGAUCCUCUCUAUGUCCUCCGUUGUGAUGAUGAGGUGUACAGGUGUGCUCCCUUGCUGCACCUAGUAAUCUAUAUGCUGCAAGUGUACCUGCUAUCUUCUCGCACCUUCCUAUCACAACAAAUGCAAAAUAGGCCAGCAGCUGCAAUCACUCACAACCUUGGUACCAAUACUUCCACUGGCACUGCCACUUCUCCCCAAACAAUAGAAGAGGAGAGAGAGAAGCUCAGAGGGGCACUGGUACUUACUCAGGAGAGUGCUGCUGUGCAAAUCCUUUUAGAGGCCUGCUUAAUGAAGGAAAGAGAAAAGGAUGGUGCUGGUGCCUUGAUACUCCAGGAGGUGCGAAGUAUUGUGUGUUCCUACAUUCAUCAGGCUUUCCUUAAGGACACAACAUUAGCUAAACUGGUUCAUUUUCAGGGCUAUCCAGGAGAAUUGCUAGGGCCAGUGGUGAGGGGCGUCCCAUCCAUGCAUAUUGCCAUUGGUCUCAACUGGAUCCCUGAGCUUCUACAACUUCCUGACCUAGAGAAGCAGCUGUUUGCCAUUGAACUAACUUCCCAUCUGGCCUUGCAAAAUGCUAUGCCCUCUACUCUUAGUAUAUCCAGGCUGGGAAUAAACACCCUAGCCACACUAUUGUCAGUGCUAAGCAAAAAUAAGCGUUUGAAGAUCAUCAAGGAAUCUCUUCCCUCACUGGUGGCCAUUGGACGAGCCUUCCCUGCCCUGACAGAUGACCUGCUUCACCUCAUGGUUAUGUAUGGCCGUGUGGCUGCAGCACAAUCAGGCCUCCUUGCUGCCCCUGCCCCAAAAUCAAUUGCAUUUCAAGAUGAGGAGAAGCCUCUGGUUGAUGGAGUGGAAAAGAUGGACUAUGAGGAAGGCCCUCCUGUGGAUGUGUUUCGUUCAGUGCCACAGGAAGACUCUCUUUAUGCUCAGGUUAUCACCACCUUCAAGAUGCUUGUCAAGGAGAGUACAAUGUCCCACAACCUGUACUAGUUUGUUGAUUGUGUGGAAGGAGGAAGCAGAUCCUUCAGACUUCUUUCUCAUGAACUUUAUAAUAUUUUAAUGAGUGUGUGUGUGUGUGUGUGUGUGUGUGUGUGUGCGUGUGUGUGUGUGACCAUUACAUUUCAUUGAGUGUUCAUCAUAAUUUUCACUAAGUGUGAUUGCAAUUUUUGUCUGUUAAUUAAUGUGUGAAAGAAUUUAUAUGAAAAAUAAAAUUACAUAAAUUU